CCAUAAAAAUGUUCUUACCAGAUAUUAAUCAAUGGCACAGAUUGGAUUGUUGAAGUUUCCUUUUACCGUUCUGUGAACAAAAAAAAUAUGGUUAUGUUAAUUUACGAAGAAUCAUGCCGCCAAUUUUGUGAUUCGUUUGUUUUAUUUUAAUGUGAAUUAAGGCCCAAUUUCCUCUUAGUAAUGGAUUUUAGUGUGGAGAAUGUAUUGACUUAUUUUUUUAUCAUUAUUGUCUGUUUGUUAUUUGUUACAUUAAUAUUAAAUUUGCAUUUUAUUCUAAGGAAUGGCUUUUAUGUUUGCGUUAAUUGUUGGUUUUGCAAUGAAAACUCAAGAGUUUUAUAUUCUUUAAGAAAUAGUUUCGAUUGUCCAAUAUGUUUGCAGUAUAACGGAUUUAAUAAGGAAGGUGACUAUAAUAAAAUUAUUGAAGCUCAACGUGAUAGUUCACGGAAUACCUCAAAUACCUCAAAAACAAUUACUGCAGAGAAUAGAAUAACUUCAUGUAAUGGCCUAUGUAAUAAUUGUAAUAAUAAUUUAAAUUUGAAAGUAAUUCAGUUAGCAAGUUAUGAACCUCUAAAUCAAAACAAUUACGAUGUUGAAAUAGAUCACUUUAGAAAACAGCUUGAGAAAACCUACAAACUAUGUAGACGGUGCAGGAAAACAGUAGACAGCACCAUCAGGAGACAGAACGCUUCGUUGUUUGCUAACAGGAUUAGAGAGAGGAGAAAGGUUCACAACUUAACUCAGGAUAAUACACAAGAGGCUAAACCCACUGCAUACUUGAUCUUUCUAAAGGGAUUUCUAAUAGUUUUAUCCAUUUUGUGUUUAAUUCAAAUUGGUGAUUUAAACACAAAUUUUUGGCAAUAUUUUAGAAAAAUUGUUUUUGAGAACCAGAUUAUCAGCACUACAACUUAUGAAUCACUUCUGAAUACCAAUUUAUUAAAAUUGUAUGACUGGCAAUUAACUGGAAGAGAUUUAUUGCAAAUGUUGAAAAUAAAAGGAACUGCCAUUUUGCCUUUGGUAGGAUUUACUAUAGAAAUUAUUACUACAUUUUUGGAACUAGAUAAGAAAAAUACUGCCAUUUUAAAAUUUAGCAAAUUACUAGGAUGGAUUAUACUUUCCAUUUCAUUUAUGAGGAAGUUCAACAAGGAUAUAUUGUCUUAUGUGAAUACAUUGCAGAUUUUCUGCUCACUGUGGCUGAUUUACAACAAUGCAAUAUCUGAAUCUGAACCAAUGAAGAAUUUAUCGAAAAAGAAAUAUGAAUUUAAGAAACUUUCCUCAACCUACAAUAGUGAAGAAUAUUCUGAUGAGGAAGGUGAUUACUCAGAACCUUUAGGUGUUACUGGAACUUCAAACUCAUUUGGUUCAAGCAAAAUAUCAACUAAUACUGCCAACAAAGAUCUAAGUUUUUCAAGACUGUACAAGACUGGAUCCUUACUUAACAUAGCCCCAACUCAGGACUUAUCUUCAAAUCGGAAUCAUACUGCUUUAAAUACAGACUUAGACAAACAUUUUAACGGUCUGAACUUAGGCGCUUUUAAGUCUUACGACCAUAGGGUGCCAUCUCCAAAUCCUUUUAUGGUAUCACAUCGUUCAUUUUCGCCCAAUAGUGUCUUUUCUUUUGGACGAUUUGAAGGUACUCGGUCACCAAAUAAGGUUCUGCACCAACAGGAACAUUUUUCAAAUUCGCUGUUUCCUUCUUCUUUAUCUCCGAAUUUAAGUCUCGCAGUUGGACCACAAUUUACUGAGCAGAACAGGUUUGGCUCAAAGGCACCAUUAUCCAUAAAUGGGUUCAACCUAUCCAAUGAUGGUACCAGACAUCACUAUUUCCAAAAUAUAUCAUCUACACAAACUAGUUAUCCCAAUUAUUUUCAGAAUAAUUUUACACCCGUGUACAGGGCAGAAACAUGUGAUUAUCCUGUGAACUCGCCAAAAAUUAACCCCCUGUCUGCUCCCAAACUAAACUUGUUCAAAACUUGUUGCUACAAAUUAAAAGACAAUGAACAACUGAAUUUCUCCACGGCCACUGGUUUUUCCACCCGGUUAACAGAAAGCGAAAGUGUGUUUUCGGUACCAAGUAAUUCAGUACCGGUGAUAGCUAGCAACUUGGGAAUCUUUGUUAAUGACAAAACUGUCAAUGGUAGCAGCAGGUCUUCAAGUAGAAGUUCGGGUUUUGUGUCAGGUAACGAAUAUAUUGCGAAUAAUGUUUCACUGCCAAAUUCCCGGAAUCAUUCUCCGGAGAGACAUUCUCAAGUGCCAUAUCAUUUAGAUAGUUAGGAUAAAUGAAUUUUUAACAUGAAAUAAG